CCACUCUUUUCGUGUGUGCUGGUGUUUUUUUUUUCUUACAAUCUCCUCCAUUUUUUUGAGCAUCAUUAUUUUCAUUAUCAACAGUUUUUUUUUGUGGUUCCAAGAAAGAAAAAAAAAAUAUUCCCAUACCACAUUUGUCAGUUUGCAUUGGAAUUUUUUUUUUUAGUUGCAAAUAAACCAAAUCAUCAGUUUAUCCCAGGGAAUUUUUCCAAUUACGGGUGGUUAAAUAUCGGUGUUUUUUUUAUUUUGGUUUUUUGUUUUGUUUAUUUUUGUUUUUGUUCGCCUUAAAUCUUCGAAACAAUCUUCUUUAAUCAAUUAAUCAUGGAUUGGCAACCUGAACAACAAGGUCUUGAUCAAAUUCUACAGCUUUUACGCCAAUCACAAUCACCGGAUGUUCAAACACAGAAUCAUGUACAACAACGUUUAGAAGAGUUGAAUAAUUUUCCCAAUUUUAGUAAUUAUCUAGUUUUUGUUUUAUCCAAAAUGAAAAAUGAAGAUGAACCAACACGUUCAUUAAGUGGUUUAAUUUUAAAAAAUAACAUCAAAGCAAGAUAUCAUCAAUUACCACGUGAAGUAAUCAAUUAUGUUAAAUUUGAAGCGCUUACUUGUAUGGGUGAUCCAUCAUCAUUGAUUCGUGCUACAGUAGGCAUUCUUAUAUCAACAUUAAUGCAAGAAGGUGAACUACAACAAUGGCCCGAAUUAUUUGAUAUUCUAUUAAAUAAACUUGAUUCGGAAAAUUAUUACGAAUGUGAAGGUGCUUUUAGCAUUUUACAUAAAAUUAUUGAAGAUAAUGCCGAAGCAUUAGAUAAUGAAAAUUAUUGUCGACAAUUGAAUCUAAUGAUACCGAAAUUUUUUCAAUUUUUUACAAAUCCAAAUUCAAAAAUUCGUUCAUAUGCAUUAUCAUGUGUGAAUAAUUUCAUUCUAAAUCGAACACAAAUAAUGAUGCCCUAUGUUGAUAUAUUCAUCGAGGGUUUAUUUAAACUUGCAGCCGAUAAUGAUCGUCAAGUACGACAAAAUGUUUGCAAAUCAUUUGUCACUUUAGUUGAAAUACGAAUGGAUCGUUUGAUUCCACAAAUCCACAAUAUAAUUGAGUUUAUGUUGAUGAGCACACAAGAUCAAGAUAUAAAUGUAGCAUUGGAUGCUUGUGAAUUUUGGCUAACAUUAGCUGAACAACCAAUUUGUAAAGAAGUUCUUGCACCACAUCUUCCACGAUUGAUACCAACAUUGAUGCAAAAAAUGAAAUACUCUGAUUUGGAUAUUAUUCUUUUGAAAGGUGAUGUUGAAGAAGAUGAAAUGAUACCGGAUAAAGAAGAAGAUAUUAGGCCACGUUUUUAUAGUGGUCGUACACAUGCACAACCAAGAAUGGAUGAUAGUGAAAAUAAUCAUAAUGAUGAUUCUGAUUCAGAUGAUGAUGAUGAUUUUGACAUACAUAAAGGUAAUAGUGAUUGGAAUUUACGAAAAUGUUCGGCAGCUGCUUUAGAUUUCUUGGCCAAUGUUUUUCAUGAUGAUCUAUUACCGGUUGUUCUACCAAUUCUACGUGAAACAUUAUUCCAUCAGGAUUGGGUUACAAAAGAGGCAGCUGUUCUAGCAUUGGGUGCAAUCGCUGAAGGAUGCAUGAUUGGCAUCGUACAACAUCUAAAUGACCUCAUACCAUAUCUUAUUUCGUGUUUAUCGGAUAAAAAGGCGCUAGUCAGAUCGAUCACAUGUUGGACAUUGAGCCGAUAUUCACAUUGGGUUGUACAAAACCCUGAAAACUAUCUUAAACCAUUAAUAAUGGAGCUUUUAAACCGAAUUUUAGAUCCGAACAAACGAGUACAAGAAGCUGCAUGUAGUGCUUUUGCAACAUUGGAAGAAGAAGCUGGUACGGAUUUAGUUCCUUAUCUAGAUAAUAUUCUCAAGACCCUAGUCAGCGCAUUUGGAAAAUAUCAGCACAAAAAUCUUUUAAUUUUAUAUGAUGCUAUUGGUACGCUUGCUGAUUCUGUUGGCUAUCAUUUAAAUAGACCGGAAUUUAUAGAACUUUUAAUGCCACCAUUAAUUCAAAAAUGGAAUUCAUUAAGUGAUAAUGAUAAAGAUUUAUUUCCUUUGUUAGAAUGUUUUUCAAGUGUAGCAACUGCCUUACAAACAGGAUUUUUACCAUAUUGUGAACCAGUGUUUCAUCGUUGCCUUUCUCUGGUCGAACAAACAUUAAAAUUCAAUGCGAUAUUUCAAGAAAAUCAAGAACAAUAUGAUCCACCAAAUAAAGAUUUUCUAAUUGUUGCACUUGAUUUGUUGAGCGGUCUAGCAGAAGGAUUAGGUGAACACAUGGUUCCUUUGAUUGAAAAUACCAAUACAAUGAGAUUAUUAUACGAAUGUAUCAAAGAUCCAACACCAGAAGUACGACAAAGUUCAUUUGCUCUACUUGGUGAACUGACCCGAGCAUGUUUUGUGUUUGUCGAGCCAUGUGUUCGUGAUUUUAUGCCCAUAUUAGCACAAAAUUUAAAUCCUGAAAACAUUUCUGUUUGUAAUAAUGCAACAUGGGCCAUAGGUGAAAUAUCGAUCAAAUAUAAACAACGAAUGCAAGAAUAUGUAACGAUACUAUUGCCACAAUUGAUUAUUAACUUGAAUCAAACUGAUUCACCGAAAACAUUACUAGAAAAUACUGCAAUUACGAUCGGAAGAUUAGGAUUUGUUAGUUCACAAUUUCAGACACAACGACAAAUCUCACCAUUUCUACAGCAAUUUAUUCGUGCAUGGUGUUUAUCAAUGCGUAACAUUUGUGAUAAUGAAGCAAAAGAUUCAGCAUUCCGUGGUAUUUGUUCGAUGAUUAGCGAAAAUCCAAACGGAGUGUUGCAAGAUUUUAUCUAUUUUUGUGAUGCUGUUGCAUCUUGGAAUAAUCCAGAACCAGAUUUGAAGAACAUGUUUUUAGAGAUUUUACAUGGUUUCAAAAAUCAAGUUGGCGAAGAAAAUUGGAGACAAUUUUCGGAAAAUUUUCCACCAAGUUUAAAAGAAAGGCUUGCCAAUCAAUAUGGCGUAUAAAUGAAGAUUAUAUUUGAUAAUUAGUUUAAUUGAAAUGCUGCUAUUUAUCUCUCUAUGCGUGUGUUAAUAAUUUUAGAUUAUACAACACCGGUAAUGAUGUUUUUUUUUCUUGUUUGGUUUGAUUUUGAUAUCAUUAUCGUGAUUUUUGUC